AACAAAUCUAAUUUGUUUUUCGUGUUCAACCUCAGUUGCACUGCUUUGCUUUGCUUUUUGGGUUUUCUAUUCCUCCCUUGAAUUUUUGAUACCCAAAGCUCUUCUCCAGGUUUCUACUUCCACUCACUGCACUUUGGGAUUUGGUUAGUGAUUAAGUCGAAUCCUAAGCUUGCCCCAUUAGUCAAAACCUACAAUACUAUUCUAAUAGCUCAAGUAUUUUAUUAGUUUGAGCUUUUGCAAUGGAAUGCUGGUGCAAAUGCAACUGGUGCUGCAGACCAACCAUUUGUUCUUGCGUGUAAUCCUGAAACAGUUCACGAAUCCUACCCAAAUCUUUGGAAUUGGGCCAAUAAUUUGAGCCAUUCUUGUCAAAUGUCAACCAUCAAUUAUUAGCAACAAGCCACAACAAAUUUGAGUCUUAAUCACUCCAAAAACUUAAAAGAUUCUCAUCUAUCUAAUCUUCUUUGGAGUCGAUGACACUCUGAAACCAGGAAAAGGAAACCACCAAAUAAAAAAGAAACAGAGAUGAGUUCUCAUGAGGAUGAAAGAGCUCUUUUAGAAGAUCAACUUUUGCAGAAUGAAUGCAGUGGACUCUACACUGGAGACAGUUCAGUUGACAGAAAGGGGAAGCCUGCGCUUAAAAAGAAGACUGGCCAGUGGAAAGCAUGCUCCUUCGUUCUUGGUACCUUUUUUUGUGAACGAUUGGCCUUCUAUGGGAUUUCUACCAAUCUUGUCAAUUAUCUUCUUGACACACUACAUGAAGGAACUGUCGAUGCUGCAACAGCUAUUACCAAUUGGAAAGGAACUUGCUAUCUUACACCUCUCAUUGGGGCCAUCAUAGCUGAUACUUAUUGGGGAAGAUAUUGGACAAUUGCCGGUUUCACCAUAGUCUAUUUGAUUGGAAUGGUUACACUGACUCUUUCAGCAUCAGUUCCUGCACUAGAGCCUGCAGCAUGUGUCGAUUCUGUAUGCCCCGAAGCUACUACUGCACAAUAUGCUAUAUUCAUCACUGGACUAUAUCUGAUUGCAUUAGGGACUGGAGGCAUCAAACCUUGUAUAUGGCCUUUUGGGGCGGAUCAGUUCGAUGAUUCCGAUCCCCAGGAAAGGGUGAAGAAGGGAUCCUAUUUCAACUGGUUUUACUUUUCUCAAAACAUUGGUGCUAUUAUAGCAAGCAGUUUACUGGUGUGGAUUCAGGACAAUGUUGGGUGGGGAAUUGGAUUUGGAAUUCCUACUGCAGUUAUGGGAGUUUGCAUUGCAAGUUUAUUUUUAGGUACUUCUCUGUAUCGAUUUCAGAAACCAGGCGGAAGUCCUCUUACAAGAAUAUGCCAGGUUUUAGUUGCAUCAUUCCAUAAAAGAAAUCUGAAGGUGCCUGAGGACAGCAGUCUCCUUUAUGAAACACAAGACAUAAGCUCUGCCAUUAAAGGGAGUCGUAAACUGGAGCACAGCAAUGAACUGAGGUGCCUUGAUAAAGCUGCUUUGGUAUCUGAUGCUGAGAUUGAAUGUGGGGACUUUUCAAAUCCAUGGAGGCUUUGUACCGUUACACAAGUAGAGGAACUGAAGAUUUUGAUCCGCAUGUUUCCAAUCUGGGCAACAGGAAUUGUGUUUUCUGCCGUUUAUGCCCAAAUGUCUACAUUGUUUGUGGUACAAGGCAAGCUGAUGGACAGAGUUGUUGGCUCUGUCACCAUUCCUGCAGCAUCUCUUUCAUUUUUCAAUUUUGUAAGUGUUAUUAUCUGGGUCCCUAUCUAUGAUACAAUAAUCAUUCCAAUAGUCAAGAAGUAUACAGGCAAGGAGAGGGGUUUUUCACAGUUGGAUCGUAUGGGAAUCGGGCUCUUUGUGUCGAUUCUAUGUAUGUCAGCUGCUGCAGUGGUAGAGAUUAAGCGAUUGCAGCUUGUCAGGGAGCUUGGAUUGGCUGAUGAUGAGGUUGCAGUACCGCUUAGUAUACUUUGGCAAAUUCCACAAUAUUUUUUGUUGGGUGCUGCUGAGGUUUUCACCUUCAUUGGGCAGCAUGAGUUCUUCUAUGAGCAAGCGCCGGACGCUAUGAGGAGUUUGUGCAGUGCAUUGUCUCUUUUGACAAAUUCAUUGGGGAGUUACCUCAGCUCUCUUAUUCUGACAAUUGUGACUUCUAUCACCACACAGGGUGGGAGUCCGGGAUGGAUUCCAGACAACUUGAAUGAGGGCCAUCUUGAUUAUUUCUACUGGCUUUUGGCUGGACUCAGCCUCCUAAAUUUGUUGGUGUACAUGGUCUUUUCCAGAAGGUAUAAGGAGAAGAAGGUUGCUUAAGAUGUCAUCAAGAGCAAGAAAUAGAAGUUUGAUUUCUAAUAACUUUCCGAGAUGGCUGCAACCGGAAAGACUGUUUACAACUAUUGUGCAGGACCACACCAGUCAGUAUGGAUGGUUCUGGUUUGGUACGUGAGCAACAAACCAUAACUUACAACUUAAAGACAUCAUAGUGUAUUAGCUUAGAAUUCAAAGAUCAAAAGACUUUUCCAUAUCAAAGACCACAAAUGCUUCAAUUAUUAA